AUGGCUCCAACCAUCCUGAUCGUCGGUGCAACUGGUAACACUGGCCGAAGUGUCACCGAGACUCUGCCUACGCUGUUGAGGACCACCGGGGCUUUGGCGGAUUAUCGAGUCCUGGCUAUGACCCGCUCACUCAAUGGCACUGCUGCACAGCAUCUCUCCAAGAUUCCUGGUGUUGAGAUAGUCGAGAAGAACUGGAUUGGGACUACCGCUAGCUGGCUCCGAGAACACGAGGUAGUCAGAGUAUUUAUUGCAUCCCACAACGAGCCAACCCAGUUCGCUGAAGAAUCGGCUUUCCACCUCGCCGCGCUCAAGGCAGGUGUAAAGUACGUUGUACGAAUUUCGACUACUGCUGCGAAUGUUCACCCGGAUUGCGAUGCCUACUAUCCCCGUUCACAUUGGGCUAUCGAAACGCUUCUGGGUUCGCCGGAAUUCAGUGGUCUGCAAUGGACAUCACUUCAACCUAAUAUAUUUUCCACGUUCUACCUUUAUAACGCCGUUGAAUUUGUCAAGCAGUAUCGCAAGACGGGAAAGCAAACCACCCUGCGGCUACUGGCAUCAGAAGAUGCGCCUGUCGGAAUUAUUGAUCCUGAUGAGGUCGGCAUCGUUGCAGCCUACCUCCUGUCCCAGGAAGACACUGCUGUGCAUAAUCAAGCAAAAUAUGUUCUAAACGGACCCCAGGAUAUCACAGGCCAGCAGAUCGUAAACAUGGUUGAGCGAGAUAUUGGAACCAAAGUCCAGCAUGUUAGUUACAAGGACAUGUCAUUUGUUGACUCGCUGCCACAUGGCGCUGCUCCCGAAAUGAUCGCAUCUAUCAAAUACGCCCCAGUGACGGCGUGGGAAGGCAAGUGUGCGGUCUCUACAACGAGCAAAGAAGUGCUCGAUCUUGCUGCUCCAAAGCGCACACCGGCUGAUGUGUUUAAGUCGCUUCUGGAGAACUGA